CAUUCAGUUGCCUUCUUUCACACAUACACAAAUCAAAACACAACACGAUAGCUGAAACGAAGAUUAUUGGAAAAAUUUUAAUAGUAAUUUUUCUUAUGUUUUCCUAGUUUUUCUUUUGCAAUGAUUUGCCUAUCACGUCUGGUCGUAAUAAACUUGCCCAGUGUCUGGCCAUCGACACGAUCUGAAAAGAAGGACUCCAAAGCUUCUAAAGCUUGUGCCCCACCAACUGGACUGAGGGAUUUCCAGAGACCUUUGCAGUUCCACACAAAAAGAGGCUAUAUCAAGUGGUUCAGCAAACUGAGUCGCUGCCAGAGAACUCGUUAUAUUCCGGGUAGAAUGCAUCCCAGAUUGUAGAACCGAACUUGCAAC